AUGGCCACUACUCCAGAGGAAUUCUUUGCUGAGGGUCUCAUGGACCCAUCACCUCCAUCCCCAGUCGUCUUCCUAGACUUUCUCCUGAUACCCGAAGGUUGUCAGGGCCCAUUCUCACCUGAUGACACGGUGCUUUCCUAUGUAUCGGACAUGCUCAUGGAGGAAGACUCUGGCGACAAGCUGUUGUACCAAUACUCUGAUCACUCUGCACUAGUCCAGGUGCAGCAGCCUUUUGCCCAAAUCCUCUCUCCCCCUUCCUCCAGAGUGGACCAUGACAACAGAAACAGGGGUGACAUGGACGAAAUCAAGGAUUUGUUUCAGAAUAACAAUGGUCACCAAAGCACACUGGACCCAGCCUUCUCCAGGGGCGUGGAUGCAGUGGGUGCAUUCUUGAGGGGCAUGGAAGAGGCCAAGAUGUUCUUGCCCAAUGACAAUGGUUUUAGAAGGGACGAGCUGGUGAAUUGUAUGUCUAGGGAAAGUAGCAGCCACUGUGGGGUCAAGAAGAGACACAAUAGGGACAAGCAUCAAGAUGAGGUAAGCAGGGCCAGCAAAGCUGUAAAGAUGAUGGAGCAGGAGGAGAUUGGUGCGCAUAAGAUGUUCAACGAGAUGAUGUUUCGCGGCUACGAGAUAUGCAUCACGAGCAUGGAGAAUUUGCUCAUUUCCAUGGCCAUGGAGUCAGAGAAGAACAACAGAAAGAGCACUAGCAAUAAGACAAGGGAUGUGGUGAACUUGCGCACAUUGUUGGUCCUUUGUGCACAGGCGGUGGCUGCAAACAAUCACAUGAGUGCACGUGAGCUACUGAAGCAGAUCAAGAAACAUGCAUCAGCAUCAGGGGAUGCCACACAACGGCUAGCUCAAUGUUUCGCCAAGGGUCUGGAGGCACGUCUAGUGGGAACCGGCUUGCUCCGCUUGUUAGCAAGUAGGGAAGGUGGCCCGCCAGAGGUGAAGGUCACCGCCAUAGGUUGCCCUAAUCUACGGUCCUGCCCAACUGAACGAACUGAGGAUACAGGGAUGUGGCUCAGUAAGUGUGCCCGUGAAUUUGGCUUGCCAUUCAAGUUCCAUGCCAUCAUGAUGAAGUCGGACAAAGUAUGCAUCGAGGACUUGAAGACAGAUGAUGAUGAGGUGCUUGUCGUGAAUGACCUUUUUAAUUUCAGUACCUUGAUGGAUGAGAGUGUAUUCUUUGAUCACCCAAGCCCUAGGGAUAUCGUCCUCAAUAACAUUAGGAAUAUGCGGCCAAAUGUCUUCAUCCAGAGCAUUGUGAAUUACUCAUGUGGUUCUUCCUUCUUGUCUUGGAUCCGCGGGGCUCUAUUCUAUUACACGUCACUGUUUGACAUGUUGGAUGCAACAAUCCCACGGGAGAACCAACUGCGUGUGCUGCUGGAGCAGGGCUUGCUGGGGCACGCGGCACUGAAUGCCAUUGCCUGCGAGGGUGUGGACCUGAUGGACCGCCCUGAGAAAUAUAAACAGUGGCAAGUGAGAAACCAACGUGCUGGAUUGAGGCAGCUGCCACUGAAACCACACAUUGUCAAGGAACUGAAGGAGAAAGUCAAGCAGAACCACCAUAAUGAAUUUUUGAUCAGCGAGGACGGUCAAUGGCUGCUGCAGGGGUGGACUGGGCACACCCUCUUUGCCCACUCAACAUGGGUAGCAGAAGACGCCCCUUCUAAAUGA